AUGUCGUCAGGUACAUCGUCAGCAGUACCGUUGCCUUCAACAAAUAGCAACGAUAACACCACGCCGACUCAGGCGGAGACAUCAUCCCCUCCUGCACCAGAAACGUCCACGACCUCCGAGCCGACAACCUCAUCCGCCUCCUCGACCUCGUCAACUUCGUCAACUUCGUCUACUUCCUCAUCGAAAUCCACAACUAGCCCGCCGCGGUCGACAACGACGAGCGAUACCUCUAGCAAAUCAUCUACUACAACAGCAGCUUCUACCACUAGCACGGCUGAGACUUCCACCACCUCUCCGGUCGUUACUUCGAUAAUCACGCAGUCACCCACCGACGGAACCACAGGACCACGCACUCUCACUAUCACAUCAACUGCCACGUCUUCAACCCUCUCCACCGAGGAUUCGGCUGGUUCUUUGUCCGCCACGAGUGGAUCGUCAGUCACAGCAUCUGCUACCAGUGCUGCCGGAAGUUCAGAAAAUAGCUCUGGACUUUCAGCUGGUGGUAGGAUAGCAGUUGCUGUCGUUGUACCGGUUGUUUCUGUGGCUCUAAUUAUCCUUGCAGCAUUAUACUUUUGGAGGAAAUGGAAAGCAAAGAAGGUGGCAGAAGAAGAACGGCGGAAGGAGGUAGAAGAGUACGGAUUCAAUCCUAACAAUGAUCCGGCUCUGCCUCCUGUCAUGGGCGGCAGUGCCUUCGAGUCCAAGGACGAUACUUCGGGAUACAGGGGCUGGGGAGCCACUUCGGCUGGCCGUAAAGCAUCAACCAAUUUGUCCAGUAGUGCAGGGGUUGGGUUGGCAAUGUCUGAAGCUGGAAGUGCACCUGGUUAUCAACAUGCUGCUACCCCGAGUGAUGGCACGAUUCAAUAUUCUGAAGGACAUGCAGCGGCCGAGACUGAACCAAUUGGUGUUUUAGGUGCUGCUCCUGCGGCGGCAGUGAACAAUCGAAACACAGAUAUUCAUCGUGGUCCAUCUAAUGCUUCGUCCGCAUAUUCUGCCGCAAACCGGUCGGAAGCCUCUGAUGAAAGUCAUAUGUCUGCUACUCAUCCUACAGCACCUUUCUACGGUGACAAUCCGUAUUACAAUGACAUGCAACAACAGUACGGAGCCUACGGUGAUAGUCCUUACAGCGGGAAUCAACCUGUGAUUCGCGAUGUUCAAGCAAGACGUAAUACACGCAUUGAGAGUCCUGCCGUGUUUCCCAGGCAAGGGAAUGCAGGCAUUGCGCAGAAUUUUUAA